GCAAAACAUUUGAACUGUUAAAUAUUUUAAGCUCUUUGAUAGGAAUGGCAAUGGAUUCCAUCUCUUACAGUAUGCUCUUUGCUAUCAUUCUUCUUUUAGGUUUUGCUCUGGCCUUGGCUGUAGAAGAAGAAGGAGGCAACCCCAGAUGUAAACCUUUUGAAUGUGGAUCUCUGGGGCCCGUAGGCUUUCCCUUCUUCAAUGGAACAAAUUCUGAUUGUGGAUUCUUGAAGAUAGACAACUGCAGUGAACAAGUUCCCAGGAUUAAGUUGCAUAAAGAUUGGCCAUGGUUUUAUGUUACAGCCAUCUCUCAAACUAACACAAUCACCCUUCAAGAAAAUGAAACGUUUUUGAGACCUGUGAACUACUGUGCCUACAGAAAUUUGAGCCUUCCAAGCUCUCCUUUUUUAUCGGUUGAACCUUACAAUCAAACCUUUUUCAGAUGCCCUGCUGCAAAAAGUUAUACUAAUUUCACUGCGGUCUGCAAACAGAACAAAAACUUCACUAUUGGCUACCAAAAUGACUCAAGCAACGAGAAGUUGGGAAAACUUCAUCCUGAUUGUUCUGUGAUUCAGCUCCUGGUGAACAAGAGUCAAAAGCGUGUGGACUUCCUAAAGUUAUACACUGGUUGGUUCCGUCUUCAACUGAAUGUAACCAGAGAAUGUAUCGACUGUUUUCGGAGAGGCGGCGUGUGUCAAGACAACCAGGGACAGUUUCAAUGUUCUUCAGAGCCAAAUUCAAGAACAGAGGAAAAAUCAUCAUCGAAGCUAGGCCCAGCACUUGGUAUCGGAAUUGGAGCUUUUGCAAUCCUGGUUGUGGUUCUGCUUGUUAUUUGGAAACGAAAGAAACAAAAAUAUACUUCUCCAAGCUUCAAUUCAAGAUACAUUCCUUCUGAUCCGUCCGCUAAAUCAGAGCUGGAUGUGGGCAGUGUCUGCUUUGGGGUGCCAGUCUUCUCCUACAAAGAACUUGCAGAAGCCACUAACAACUUUAGUCAUGAGAAAGAGAUUGGAGAUGGAGGCUUUGGAAGAGUAUAUUAUGCAAAACUGAAAGACGGGCGAGAAGUUGCAGUGAAGCGCUUUCAUGAGCAUAAUUAUAGAAAGUUCGAGCAGUUUAUGAAUGAAAUUGAGAUCCUCACUCGAUUGCGCCACAAGAAUCUUGUGACCCUUUAUGGCUGCACUUCGCGUCACAGUCCACAGGGUCUCCUCCUGGUGUAUGAAUUCAUUCCUAAUGGAACUGUUGCUGAUCAUCUUCACGGUGAAAAAGCAAAGCCUGGUUCACUUCCAUGGCCAAUUCGUAUGAACAUUGCAAUAGAAACAGCUAGCGCAUUGGCUUACCUCCAUGCUUCUGAUAUCAUACAUAGGGAUGUGAAGACUAACAACAUUCUACUUGAUAGCAAUUUCAACGUAAAAGUUGCAGAUUUCGGACUUUCACGAUUGUUUCCUAUUGAUGUCACUCAUGUUUCAACAACUCCACAAGGAAGUCCAGGCUAUGUUGAUCCGGAGUAUCAUUUAUGUUAUCAGUUAACAGAUAAGAGUGAUGUUUACAGUUUUGGAGUUGUCCUAAUUGAGCUCAUUUCAUCAAUGCCUCCUGUCGAUAUGGAUAGGCAAAAACAAGAGAUUAACUUGGCUUACUUAGCAGUAAACAGGAUUCAGAACUGUUUAAUUGAAGAGCUGAUUGACCCAUCUCUUGGAUUUCAAUCAGACGAACAAGUUAAAAGGAUGACAACUUCAGUUGCAGAGCUUGCCUUUCUAUGUCUGCAACAGAACAAGGAGAUGAGACCUUCCAUGGAUGCAGUAUUGGAGGAACUGAAGAGAAUUGAAGGUGGAGAAUGCAAGCCAAGGAAUCUGAACACUGGCAAUGAGCUCUUGAAGAGCAUGCAACCAACAGCUUCAUCACCAGAUUGUGAUGAGUCUUCCUUGCUGAAGAAUAUCAGGCUGUCACCUACAUCUGUUACAACCACAUGGACUAGUACUGACACUACAUCUACUGUCAGUUGUUAAUAUUUUUGCCUACAAGCUGCCUGAUUGAAAUUUGUAUAAUCAAAAUAUAUUUCAAUUAUGAUUUAGGUAUGUAUUUCUGAUAUUUAACAAUAGUGGAACACUGGGAAAAGUCAAUUUAUAAUAUAUAGUGACAUUAAAACA